UAAUAAUGUUGUUGAAGAAAAUUGGAAUCUAUUGACGAAACAUAAAACCAGCAAACAAUCAUUAUAUAAACAGCUAUCCUAUAUCAUUGAGAGGGAGCGUGCUGAUCAUGUGAAGUCAAUAAAUGUUCUUAAUUUGUAUAAAAGAGUAGCGCUUGCCUACUUUUAUUCUGGAUCGCCAUUCUUGUUCUCUAAUAUUGAUCAAAUGUCAAUUGUUGAAAGUGGUUUUGGGCGUCUCCGGUUUGUAGAUCCACCAACUAAAUCUGAUUUAAAGAAAAUGUGCGAUGAUGAUAACACGUUGAAAAUCUCAAUGUGGAUACAGAAUCAAUGUUUCCUGCACGUGCAGGAAAAAAUUCUUUAUGUUGAUGAGCCCUUUGCCAUUAAUACUUUAUUCAACUUCUUUGAGAAUAAUAAGGAAUUAUCAGAUGAAAUUCUUGAAAUAAUGUCUAUAGUCAAUAAUCCAAGUGCAUGCGGUUACACAUUGGAUGAGUUCUUUACUGAAUCACCUGAAGUUCCAGUCUUUUUUCAGAUAAAAUUGCGUUAUUCAGUUAAAACGCUUGCGGGGGCGCUUAGGGUUAGAGUUAAGCGCAAUAAAAGUAAGAAAGUGGACGAAAAGGAUGAAGAUAUGGGAGAAGCGGACGAAGAGGAAAAAAUGGGUGAAGAUAUGGGAGACAGGGAGAGGGUAACAAAUCGAAAAAAAGACAAAAGCAAGCCAAAAAGGGUGAAGAGAUGGGAGAGGGUAGCAAAUCGAAAAAAAAACAAAAGCAAGUCAAAAAGGCCAAAAAUGAUAACUGUAAAGCAGUUUAAGAAUAAAGCUAGCGAGCUUCCCCCAAAAGACUCAACAAGAACUGGCAUUGUGUUUGGAGAUCGGUUUCUGAAGUUUAUGGGAAUAUACGGAGACUUUACAAGAUUUAUUGCUGAAGAAGUACCGGAAAAGACAAUGGAUGAGGGGGAGGAAGAAUCAAAAAUGAUGAUUGAUGGUUAA